AUGGAGACUCUCUGUGUGAGGGGUGAUGAGCAGAGUAUAGAGGACAUUCCUACAGAUAUCCGCCCAGAUGACUGCAUCAGGAGCUUAGAGGGACAUCUUGAAUCUUCACAUUUUAAAGCAAACAAUCAUGGUAUAACAGAAGAUACAUAUGGAGAGCAUUCCAUUAUCUCAGAUAUACCCUACAUCUUCCACAGCAAAGAUCCAUCCUCAGAUUCUCUAAAACUGGUCCAAUCUUCUGAUUCACCACAGACUGUUAAGCAAAACAAAAGUUACCGAAGUGGUGAACAUCAUUGCGCUCACACAGUGAAGAAGACAUUUUUCUGUUUAGAAUGUAACAAAUGUUUUUCUCUCAAAAAUAGUCUUGUUAAACAUCAGAGAAAACACACAGGAGAGAAACCAUAUUCAUGUUCGGAAUGUGGGAAAUCUUUUAACCAGAAAUCAGAACUUGUUGUACAUCAGAGAAUUCACACAGGGGAGAAGCCAUUUUCAUGUUCAGAAUGUGGGAAAUGUUUUAACCAGCAAACAAAUCUUGUUAGACAUCAGAUACUUCAUACAGGGGAGAAGCCAUUUUCAUGUUUAGAAUGUGGGAAGUGUUUUAACCAGAAAUCAAGUCUUGUUGUACAUCAGAGAACUCACACAGGGGAGAAGCCAUAUUCAUGUUCAGAAUGUGAGAAAUGUUACAGUGUUAAAACAGAUCUUGUUAGACAUCAGAUACUUCAUACAGGGGCGAAGCCAUUUUUAUGUAGAGAAUGUGGGAAAUGUUUUCAUCAGAAGUCAGAUCUUGUUGCACAUCAGAGAAUCCACCAUGGGCAGACACCAUUUUUAUGUUUAGAAUGUGGAAAAUGUUUUACACAGAAAUCAAAUCUUGUUGUACAUCAGAGAACUCACACAGGGGAGAAGCCAUUUUCAUGUUCAGAAUGUGAGAAAUGUUAUAGUGUUAAAACAGCUCUCAUUAGACAUCAAAGAACUCACACAGGAGAAAAGCCAUUUUCAUGUUCAGAGUGUGGGAAAUGUUUUAACCAGAAACCAAAUCUUGUUGUACAUCAGAGAACUCACACAGGGGAGAAGCCAUUUUCAUGUUCAGAAUGUGGGAAGGGUUUCAACCAAAAGUCAGCUCUUGUUAAACAUCACAAAGUUCACAUAGGGAAGAAGCCAUUUUCAUGCCCAGAAUGUGGGAAAUGUUUUACACGGAAAUCAAAUCUUGUUCAUCAUCAGAAAUACUCACACAAGACUGAAGCCUUAUGCAGGUAGGCUUCCCAAAAACAGCAAAAUUAAUUACAAGUUGUGUGGGAGGAAGAGGUAAUUGUCUAUGAAAUAAUUUUAUUACAAAUACAACUUUGA